AUGCGCCGUCAGGCGCUGGAAUACGUCUGUCUGUCCUGCCGACACCUCCGACGACAGAAUACUCUUUCCGGCAUCAGCACUCGCCGAUAUGUCCAGAUUCGCGCGACUCCGGCGUCAACAGAGCCUCUUCAGAGCUUAGAACCGACAUCUUCUCCAGCUACUGCCCCAUCUGCUGGUACGUAGGAUGUAUAAUGAGCACAAGAAGACUCUUGCUGAUCGUCGGUGGCAGAUGCGCGUUUCGAAGUACUGGGCAGUCCUUUCUCCCUUCUCUCCGCAUCCAUAUCCGCAUCACAGAACCUGUACGCGAGGAAAGGGACACUGGUGGGCUUCAAUGGCAAAGCAGAGAAUGUGAGCAUACACGUUACGAGGUGCCAGGAGCUGUUCCUAAUGCUUUCAGGCCAUCUCGACAUUAUCCCUCCUCGAACCUUUCAGACGAGCCGCGCUCGGCAUUCCAUUCAUCUACCAGCGGAUAUCCUCCGCAUCACCUUACACCGCACUGAUAGCGACCAAGUCGCCCAUAACAUCGCUGGUGGUGGUACAUCUAGAUGGGAGGUUAGAUUGGAUGAUAGCGAACAGAAAUGCACUCCUUGCAUGGACUGGACAUACCCUUAGCUUGAAGCCGAGAUGGAACAUGAAGAUGGUACGUUGGACAAUUCUUGAGGGAAAGCUCCGUUCUGAUGAAUACAGAGCCUUGCACACUGGGGUAGCACGACUGUCACCGGACGAGGUCUACUCGCACUUUCUGGUAAAGGCCUCAUGCAUCAAAUCACCCUCAGGACUGGCGAAGAGUACAUUGUACAUCCCAGCAACGUAAUCGCCUACAGCAUGAUGCAGCAUGCACCGCAGCCGUAUCGGUUCAAGUCGAACAAUUUGCGGUUACAAAUACCCAAUCCAUUCACAUGGUUGCCUGACACGCGCUUCUGGAGGACCAUGCGCGAGAGCACCGCUUGGAAAUUGGCCAGAAAUGCUGCCUUCACGCUCAGGACCUGGGCGAGAAGGACGAUCUGGGGAGAUAGAGUACGUCAGACUGUAUCACAUAUAUGAGGAGCAUCUGCUGACAAUUGUAGCUCUUUCUGCACUUCCACGGACCAGUCACGAUUCUGGUCUCAUCUCGCGCUGCAGCUCUCAGCGAUGUUGUCACUUCACGGGACAUCAAUGAGAUGGCCGAUAGCCCAGCAGGCGAGGUCCCCUUAGCACUACACGCGAAAUCUGCGGCGGAGGCAGGCACAUCAACUACCGCACCGCUCUCGAAGCCUGCAGAGACCACCAUGAGCUAUGCCAGUGUGGGACAGGAUGGUGCCGUGAAAUUCGAUGAUGUCAAAAAGUCCUAG